AGUGCUUCACCGUUCUAUAUGUGUUAGUGAUACUCAUCUUUAUUUUUCGACGUGGGAACACCAACAGCAACUCAAAUGACAAGAAAGAAGGGGGGUGGGGGAGGGGUAGAGAUUCUUUUACCCGUGGGUGGGUCACAUGCUUCUACUACUAAUUAUUACAUGCCAUCUUCCCUUUUCCCCCCCCUCUCUCUCUCUAUAUAUAAGAGCUGUGUGGAAGAAGAAGCUAAGGUAUAUAUGUCUACUUGAGCCCUGCCUUCAGACCCGGAGGAGAAGCAAUAAAAAAAGAAUAAUGGUAUUUCCGGAUGCCGGAAGAAAUUGCUUCUCCGGGUUCUGUUGUGCAGGGGAGUUCGGAGGGGCCGGGAACGGGUUCUUCUCCGGCGAGGAUCUGCUCCCUUCACUCGGAGGGAGAAUCAACCAAUCUGCAGAGCUUAGGAAAUACAUUGUCUCUCCCUUCGAUCCCCGGUACAGGGCAUGGGAGGUGUUCCUGGUGUUUCUGGUCAUAUACUCGGCCUGGAUAUCUCCAUUUGAGUUUGCUUUCCUGACCUACAAAGAAGACGCCUUGUUCAUCGUUGACAACAUCGUCAACUGCUUCUUCGCAAUCGACAUCUCUCUCACCUUCUUCGUCGCGUAUCUCGAUACCCAUUCCUAUCUUCUUGUCGACGACCCUCGCAAAAUUGCGACCAGGUAUGUAUCGACAUGGUUCAUAUUCGACGUGGGAUCGACGGUCCCAAUCCAAGCUCUCAGCUUCCAUUUCACCGAUCACGAGACAAGGGGCGGGCUCGGCUUCAAGCUGCUAAGCAUGCUUCGGCUAUGGCGUUUGCGCCACGUCAGCGCUCUAUUUGCAAGACUUGAGAAGGAUAUAUGGUUUAGCUAUUUCUGGACCCGUUGUACAAAGCUCAUCUCGGUGACGUUGUUUGCGGUGCAUUGCGCGGGAUGCAUCAACUACAUGAUCGCGGAGCGAUACCCGGACCCGAAGAGGACGUGGAUCGGAGCGGUGUACCUGAACUUUCGGGAGGAGAGGGAUUGACGUCUUAUAUCAUUGGGAACAUGACUAACCUCGUUGUUCAUUGGACCAGCCGCACCAAAAGUUUUAGGGAUAGAGUGAAAGCGGCUUCUGAGUUUUCAAAGCGGAACCUGUUACCGAGCAGAUUACGAGACCAGAUAGUGUCUCACAUAUGUCUCAAGUUCAAAACGGAAGGGGUGAAACAGGUAGAGACUUUGGGUGUGUUGCCAAAGGCCAUCCGGUCGAGCAUCUCCCGCCACCUCUUCUACCCCAUCCUCCAAUCCCUUCUUCUCUUUCGGGCCGUUUCUCCCCAUUUCCUCUUCCAACUGGUUUCCGAAAUGGAGGCAGAAUAUUUCCCCCCUAAGGAGGACGUUAUGUUGCAGAACGAGCCUCCAACGGACAUGUAUAUAAUCGUCUCUGGCACCGUGGAAUUGAUACUACACAUUGAUGGACAUGAAGAAGUCUUUGGAAAAGCGAGUGCAGGAGAAGUAUUUGGAGAAAUAGGGGUUUUGUUUGGACGAGCCCAGCCAUAUGCGGUUCGGACGGUUGAGAUUUGUCAGAUAUUGCGACUGAAUCGUGCAUCUUUGAUGUCCACUCUUCAUGCUAAUCCACAAGAUGAACACAUCAUCAUGAACAAUCUCUUACAGAAACAACAAACGUUUGGAGAUUUUUGUUGUGAGGACAAGGAAAAGGACCCAAACUUAGCCUUUUAUGAAGAGUUUUCAUCAUGUUUUGAGGACAAGACCAAACAGGAAAACCACAACAUGGACAGAUUUCAUGAAAACGGCUUACUUGUACAAAUUCUAGUGGCAGUAACGGUAGUACUUAUCAGACCAUGCCAGAAACAGCAAAAUGGAUGAAGAGAGUCACCAUUCAUGUCCUGGUUAAGGACGACAAUGGUUCAUGUCUCGAGUUCGAGAAGCUAAUUACUCUACCUAAUUCUUGGGAAGAGCUCUUCUCAUUGGCACAUCAUGAGUUUGAAGCCCGAUCCAUUACAAAAGUUGUGAGUUCAGACAAUGCCGAAAUUGAUGACUUAAGUGUCAUCAGAGAUGGAGAUCAUUUGUAUUUCAUUUCUGAAGAGCCUUCAAAUAUGUAAUUGUAUAUAUAAAAUGUGGCCUUCAAAAUUAAUUUAAAAGGUUCAAUUCAAUUUGUAUAGUUAACUAAGAGAGAGCUUUGACAUUUGCAAGGAAAUGUCGUUAAUCUCUUCGCUAUUUCAUUUUCUUUUUGUUUUUUGAAAUAAGGACGUCUAUGGGCU